CAGCCCUGUCAGCGGAACUCACUUCCUCAACCGGGCUACGGGGCGGGGCAUUGACAAAAGGGGCGGAAUCAACAAAUACAAAAUAUAAAGAGAACAUCCGGGUCAUGACAAGUCAGUGCCACCGACCAAUCAGAGAGAGAAGAACAACAUGGAUGCGAGGCAUCUGUACGUCCUUCCAGAAUAAGUGUCUAAUUCUCGCGAGACUUCCCGAGAAGUGCAGAAGGUCAGAUCGCUGAAACAUGGCGGAGGAACGCGGACGGAAGUGGGACCGGUGUCUCUCCGACAGCGCUGUGAAGUUCGGGCGUACAUGGCCCAUAGCAUUUGGAGCAGGAAUGGGGAUUGGUAUGGCGUGUUCCAACUGCCAACAUGACUUCAGAUCACCGUACCUACUUCAUGGACACGUCGUUAAGGAUCAGUAGAUGAGACCUGUCCCCUCUUCUGCUGUGACUGUGUGUGUGUGAGAGAGACAGGAUCUUUAAUAAAGUCUAAAGAACUCAA